CGGGGCCCCAGGACGUGCGGGGUCAAGACCUCGGCCGCCGUGGCGCUCCUGGGGCAGGGAGGGGCCAUCGCGACCCUGAUCCUCGCUUUCAUGGCCAUCAUGAGCACGUACUCGUCCGAGCUCAUCGCCGUCUCGUCCAUCUGCACCUACGACAUCUACAAGACGUACAUCAACCCCGGCGCGACGGGCAAGCAGCUGAUGCGCGUCAACUACAUCGGCAUGGUGUGCUUUGCGCUCUUCUUUGCGCUCUUCAUGGCCGCCUUCGCUACCGCCCUGUACUAUAUCGGCAUCUCGAUGGGCUACCUGUACCUGAUGAUGGGCGUCAUAAUUUCCUCGGCGGCCCUCCCCGCAACUUUGACGCUGAUGUGGUCGGGCCAGUCGUGGGCCGCGGCCACCUUCAGCCCCAUCCUCGGGUUCGCCUGCUCCGUGACGGUGUGGCUCGUCACGGCCAAGACAGAGUACGGCGAGCUCUCUGUGGCGGCCACGGGCGCCAACAAGCCCAUGCUGGCGGGCAAUAUCACGUCGCUGCUGGCGCCCAUGCUCUUCAUCCCGCUCCUAACCUACAUCCCGCCAUUCAGGCUGCAGAAGUACGACUGGCAGAGCAUGCUCGACAUUGGCAAGGGCGACGAUCGCGAGUUCGCUGAGGAGGCGCACGACCCCGAGGUUGUGCUCGCCGCACAGGGACAGCGGGAGGAGGAGGCGGCGCAGGAGCAGGCCAAGCUGGCAAAGGCGGCGAAGAUCGCCCGGUGGCUGACCGUCGUGCUGACGCUAGCGUUACUCGUGCUAUGGCCCAUGCCCAUGUUUGGCACUGGAUACAUCUUUAGCAAAGAGUUCUUCGCCGGCUGGGUUGUGGUCGGCAUAAUCUGGCUCUCCGCCUCAGCGGUCAUGGUCGUUUUCCUCCCCGUAUUCGAAUCUCGGUCGACGAUUAUCCGGACUACGAGGAUGAUGUUUAAGGAUCUGUUUGGGGGCGGACUUCGUUCGAAGCCUGUCAGUGAGGGUCAGGUGGUGUCUGGGGAUGUCACGCCGCCCAACGCGUCUGAGAAGCCGGGGGUAAAGGAGUAAAGGGCGUCCGAUAGCUAUAGGUGGCGGGGGAUGUAGAACACACAGCAGUAUAUGUUGCUCUAGGCAGCGAACGCAUUGAGAUUUUGCGUCAGAUCUACUCGGCUUCGGUCAAGUCCAGCCGUCGUUGCUCCACGCCAUGGCCACUCGAGGGGACUGUCGGCUCCGCGACCCGU